AUGGCAAUGCACGCCGCCGGCGGCGGCGGAGGCUCGCCGUACCUGGGCCUGCACCACGGGCACCACGAGCAUCCGCAGCAGCAGCAUAACCAUGGCGCGAACGGCCGGCACAUGUCGCCGCCGGACGUGGUGGCCGAGGAGGCCAAGAACCGGCAGCUGGCGGUGGUGCCCGUGGGCGGCGCAGGAGGCGGAGUCGGCGGGGCAGGGGUGAGGUACCGCGAGUGCCUGAAGAACCACGCGGCGGCCAUCGGCGGGAGCGCGACGGACGGGUGCGGCGAGUUCAUGCCCGCGGGCGAAGAGGGGUCGCUGGACGCGCUCCGGUGCUCGGCGUGCGGGUGCCACCGCAACUUCCACCGCAAGGAGCGGCCGGGCGGCGGCGGCGGGGGUGGUGACGCGCGGCAGCUGCACGGGCACCACCACCACCACCACCCGCUGAGCCCGCUGGCCGCGGCGCACCACCACCGGGGGCUGCUGGUGGCGGCGCUGCCCCCGGCGCCGACGCGCAUGGUGAUGCCGCUGAGCGCCAUGCACCAUCAGCAGCAGCACCACAGCUCGGCGUCGGCGGAGUCCGACGACGCGCACGCGCCGGGGCCGGCGCAUGGGCACGGGCAACAGCCGCCGGCCCGGAAGCGGUUCCGGACCAAGUUCACGGCGGAGCAGAAGGCCCGCAUGCUGGCCUUCGCGGAGGAGGCCGGCUGGCGGCUGCAGAAGCUGGACGACGCGGCGGUGCAGCGCUUCUGCCAGGAGGUGGGCGUGAAGCGGCGCGUGCUCAAGGUGUGGAUGCACAACAACAAGCACACCCUGGCGCGGCGCGGCCACGACGGGCUCUCCGGCGACCCGCAGCCGCAGGGGCCGCACGGCGGCCAGCUCGGCAUGCCGCUCCCGGAGCCCGGCGGGACCGGACGGAGCCCCAGCCGGAGCCCGCCGCCGCAGCUGCGGCUGGAGUGA